AUAUAAUAAAAUGGAAGGUUUGAAGGUAGAUUAUGUGUAUGUGUGGGGGAUGGCGUUUACUUCGUCGCUUGGAUUCUUUCUGUUGGGGUAUGCAUUUGCGUAUUUUAACAGUUUUGAGACGAUAACUUUUGAACAGCUGAAGCACUUCUCAGAUCCUGUUAUUAAUAAUAAAGAUAUUUUUAACUCAGUAAUGUCAGGAAUUAUACCUGGAGGAGCUAUUUUUGGAUCGUUUAUGAUAUCGUUUCUAGUGCCAUAUGGGAGGAGAUUUAGUCUAAUGAUCUUAUCUCUGUUUUAUAUUGUUGGAUGAGGUAUUACAUUGUACCUCAACUUCUAUUCUUUGCUUAUAGGAAGAAUGAUUAUGGGAUUUUGAUGUGGAGCAUAUUGAACUGUUUCUCCUUUAUUUAUUGAAGAAAUAUCACCCAAACAAAUGCCAGGUACUUUGGGAAUCCUAAACCAAUUCUUAGCAGUAACAGGUGUGCUCUUCUCAACUACGUUACCCUUCAUCUUGCCUUAUCCAAGCGAGCCUGAUUCAUACAAAACUUCACUGUGGAGAAUUCUUUUUGCGUUCCCUUCUCUGUUCGCUCUUCUCCAGUUUUUCCUCCUUCUUGUCGUGUUCAGGUAUGAUACUCCUAUUUUCUACCAAACCAAGGAAGAUAUAGAUGGCUAUGGAAACAUAAUGAAGCGUAUAUACAAAGAUUUUGAUGAGUCUAAUCCUUCCUGGGUCGAAACAGCUAGUGCAAACUUGAUCCAGAAGAAAAAGCCAGAGUCUACAGAUGAUGGAAAAGAGAAUGAAGAACCUAAAUUUAGAGAACUCUUUACAAAGAAAUAUAGAUUCCCUAUGUUUGUUGGAAUCUGUCUUGCUAGCUUCCAUCAACUUGCGGGUAUUAAUGCUGUUAUUUUCCACUCAAAUCAGAUAUUUACAGAUGGUAAAGAAGGGAUUGAUGCUGAUAAAGCAGGCAGAAUAGGAACCUUUUUCAUUGGAAUAACAGGGUUCUUAGGAACUGCAUUUACGCUAAUAAUAUCUAAACUAGGUAAAAGAACAAUUAUGCUAUGGGGAUCGUUCCUAAUGCUGAUUAUUCUCACAUUUUUGGGAAUAAUUUCGCUUUAUGGGUACACUACUGUCCAGAUUAUAGGAUCAAACCUUUUUGUAUUCCUAUUCAAUGGUUCGAUUGGUCCUUGACUUUGGGCAUACUGAGCAGAAAUCUUAACAGCAAAUGGCAUGUCUUUAGUAGCUUUGGUUAAUAUGGUAUGGACCACUCUUGUUGGAGCAUUCAUUAAUCUUCUUGUUCAAGCCUUAACCAAUUCCGGUCUGUUCUUCUUAUGAGCAGGGUUCUUACUAAUUUGAACCCUUUUCAUACUGUUCAUAGUGAAAGAAACUAAAGGAAAGUCCAGAGAUGAGCUUAAGGCUCUAUACUCUUCAUAAAAUUUGCUAAGGCUCUAACAUCAAAAUUAUGCUCAAAAUAUCGAACGUAAAUUU